CUUUCCGUCGCAUUUUAUACGUCAGAAAGAACUCUGGCCAAUCAUGAACUGACUCUCCGCUCAUCUCACCAAUCACCAAUCGGCUCCGGUCGACCACCGAUGACGUAAUUGAGGCAUGCGGGAGAGCCGAGUAUGUUGAGUCUCUUUGGCAGAGCCUUCGCAUCAUUACUAAGUCAAAGAAGUCUGAAAGCUGCCCCCGUGCACCGGAGCUUUUGCUCUGCAGCCUUAGCUUGUUCUGGCUUGUCCGUGAAGCCCGUAAUGGAGCCUAAACUGUACCGACCUCCUCCAGAGGUCCGGGGCAUGACCUCUCUGGACAAAGAGGCGUUCACACAGACCAUUACUGUUCCAGCUCUGCGGGUGCCCACUGGGGUCUUAAACAAAGUGGUGAAGAGUCUGAGAAAGUCGGCCAUCCAGCGCCCAGGGGUGCCCAGAGUGGUACAAGACAAAGAGGAGAGUAGUGACUUUCGUUUGGUCCUUUUGGAUCCCCGUAAAGUGUCCGCGCCAGGCUCCUUCAGUGAGGCGGAGGCUGAAGCUCUGAGGUCAUUUGGUGUCGCUGAGGAGCUGCAGUACUAUGAGCUGAAGCUCACCUAUCACAACCUGAAGAGUGAAGAAGUACUGGAGGCUGUGCUCCCUCAGGGUCAGGACGUGACCUCUGGGUUCAGCCGGGUGGGACACAUUGCCCACAUGAACCUGAGGGACCACCAGCUGCCUUACAAGAACCUGAUAGGUCAAGUCAUCAUGGACAAAAACCCUGGUGUUACCUGUGUGGUCAAUAAGACAAACAUUAUUGACUCCACUUACCGCAACUUCAAGAUGGAGGUGCUAGCUGGAGAGGAUAACAUGGUCGCCAAAGUGAAAGAAAAUGGGGUGACGUAUGAGUUUGACUUUUCUUGUGUGUAUUGGAACCCCCGACUGAGUACAGAGCACCAGCGUGUGGUGCAACUCGUCAAACGUGGUGACACCGUGUUUGAUGUGUUCGCUGGCGUUGGACCUUUCGCCAUUCCAGCUGGCCGCUCAGGAGCCAAUGUGUUGGCCAAUGAUCUCAACCCAGAGUCCUACAAAUGGCUACAGCACAACUGCAAACUCAACAAGAUGGAGAACAAAGUCAGAACCUUUAACCUGGACGGCAGAGCGUUCAUCCAGGGACCCAUGAAGCAGGAGCUGCCAGCGCUGCUCAAACAAAAACCCAGCGUUCAUGUAGUGAUGAACCUGCCCGCCUUGGCUCUGGAGUUCUUGGAUGCAUUCAGGGGUCUACUGCACCAGGAGCAUGUCUGUGAGGAGAAUCUACCCACAGUGCACUGCUACUCCUUCUCUAAAGAUGACAACCCUGAGAAAGAUGUGGUGGAAAGGGCUUCCCACAGCCUGGGAUUCCCUCUGCAGAACCGAUGCUCUGUGCAUUUUGUGCGUAAUGUAGCACCCAACAAAGAAAUGAUGUGUGUGAGCUUCACACUCCCUAAAGAAGUCCUCUUCAGCAACGAUCAUGAACAGACAGAGUCUUCAGGAGAACCGGCUCCAAAGAGACAGAAGUGUGAGGAAGCUACAGAUUCAACAUAAUCAUCAUAUCGACCGGUCACCAAAGGAAUGGAAGGGACAUUUGAGGGUUGUUUUUUAUUUACUAACUACAUUUUACUGAUGCUUUUAUUGCAGAUGUUGCUGCAUUUUGUCAUGAGAAAUCAUGACCCAGCUUUACUUAAGUAAAUGGCUUCCUUCUGUCCAUAACAGAAUGUAUAAUGUCUAUUAUAUUCAGAGCUUGACAUCAUAUGUCCUAAGUUGUUUCACUUUGAAAUAAAUCUAUCAAGUAAUGGA